AUGGCAUCAUGCCUUUAUGAAUGCCUUUGUGAGGCAGAACUUGAAAAAUACUAUCCCCAUUUUGCUGCCUUUGGUCUUCAGAAGAUUGAUGAACUUGCCAAGGUUUCCAUGAAAGAUUAUACCAAACUAGGGGUCCACAACAUGAAUGACCGCAAACGUCUCUUUCAGCUCAUUAGAAUAAUCAAAAUUAUGCAAGAAGAGGAAGAUGUAGCAGACUUAAACAAGCAAGAUUUCCAAACAAGUGGCCUUAUUGUUCAGCCUCAGGCAACCAGAUCAGGUCCCCGUAGACAACUGCAUUUUGAGUCCUCCUUUGAGAAAAAUGAUGGAGCUAUUAAAGACUCUGAGCCUGAAUUAUAUAGUUCAUCUGAUUUCAGUGCCAAUAAAGAAAGGGACAGUCUAGUGGAAAUGCUGGAACACAUUCAACCCCAUGAUUCAGAGCUUAUUAGAAUAACUAGAAGAGACCUGAAUACUCCUGGAAUAUGCACAAAAAGUGGACUGGACCAUGCUACAGUAUCUGAUGAUAUUGCUCCUCUCUUGGGGGACUCUGAAACUCCCAUAAUACAAAGAGUAACUCAUAUUUCAGGGUAUAAUUAUGGACUACCUCAUUCUUGUAUCAGAUCGAAUACCUCUGAGAAAGAAACUCCAUGGACAGAAAGGGAAAAAAUCCGUGUGUGCGUCCGAAAGCGUCCCCUGGGCCUAAGAGAGGAGCGACGUGGGGAGGUUAAUAUCAUCACAGUGAAAAAUAAAGAAACCCUACUCCUUCAUGAGAAGAAGGAGGCAGUUGAUCUCACCCAAUAUAUUUUACAGCAUGUUUUUUAUUUUGAUGAAGUCUUUGGGGAGUCAUGUACCAAUCAGGAUGUGUAUAUGAAGACAGCUCAUCCUCUCAUUCAGCAUAUUUUUAACGGAGGCAAUGCAACCUGCUUUGCGUAUGGACAGACUGGUGCUGGCAAGACUUACACUAUGAUAGGUACUCACCGGAACCCAGGACUCUACGCCUUGGCUGCCAGGGACAUCUUUAGACACCUGGAAGCACCGCAGUCAAGGAAAGAUCUCCUUGUGUUAAUCAGUUUUUAUGAGAUCUACUGUGGACAGCUUUAUGACCUGCUAAAUGGAAGAAAGAGACUUUUUGCAAGAGAAGACAGCAAACAUGUCGUUCAGAUAGUCGGACUGCGGGAGGUUCAGGUGGACUCUGUAGACCUACUGUUAGAGGUGAUUUUGAAGGGGGGAAAGGAGCGUAGCACAGGAGCUACUGGAGUCAACUCGGAUUCCUCUCGAUCUCAUGCUAUCAUCCAGAUCCAAAUUAAAGACACAGCCAACAGGACAUUUGGAAGGAUAUCAUUCAUUGACUUGGCUGGCAGUGAAAGGGCAGCUGAUGCCAGAGAUUCAGAUCGACAAACAAAAAUGGAAGGAGCAGAAAUAAACCAAAGCCUUUUAGCACUAAAGGAAUGCAUUCGGGCACUGGAUCAGGAACAUGCUCAUACACCUUUCCGCCAAAGCAAAUUAACUCAGGUCCUAAAGGAUUCUUUCAUUGGCAAUUCCAAGACAUGUAUGAUAGCCAAUGUAUCACCUAGCCACAUAGCUACAGAGCAUACACUGAACACUUUGCGAUAUGCUGACAGGGUCAAAGAGUUGAAAAGGGGGAUUAAAUGUUCUACCCCCGUCACAAACAGACGUCGGAUAGCUGGAAAUGUAUCUCCAAAACGUAUCCAAAACUCUCCCUCUUUGCCACCUGGGGAAAAGAGCUCUCCAAAGAAAGUGAAGCUAGGCCUCCAGCAUCCUUUAACUGCUACAAAAACAAAAACAUGUCCUUCAGCACUCCAGCCACCCAGUGUCCCUUUUACCUCGACCCCCAGGGGAGUCAACAAAGGGCAUGUCUGCAGAGGAAAUCCCAGCUCACCAUGGUUCCACCACACUAGCCCAGUUAAGGGAGUCCUACGAAUAGGGCAGCCCCUGAAGAAGAAGGAUGAUGAUCUGUCGCCCCACUCUGAAAAGAACCACACUGCAAAGGAUUUUAUCAUAAAAAAUGCUGCCAUGGCAGAGACAAAAGAAAGUGGCCAAAGAGACAAGUAUGUGCAAGAUAAACCACCUGGCCAGUGCCUGAAAGUCCAGACAGUGCAACCUGUGCAGAAACAGCUUGUUUCUAGAGGUGAUUUUUCCUUUGGAGAUGGAAAUCAGCCUUCUGAUGGCAAUCUGGCGUGGGGAGAUGCCUUUGCUAAACAGUGUGGUGAAACCUGGACAAACCUCUCUUCGUUUCAGAAGGAAAGGGAGGAGCAUUUACGCCUUUAUCACCAGCAGUUUCAGCAGCCACCUAUCCUACAGCAAAAGUUGAACUACCAACCUCUUGAGAGAUUUUUAACUCAAUACAAGCCCCAGGAGAUUCAAGUGCAGCAGGAGCCGAGCCUUACUCCCACAGACCUGAGCAAAGAGGGAAUGCAGCUGGAAGAUCUGGAUGACAGUGAUUUUAGUGAAGAUUCUUUCUCACCUGUCUGCAGUCAAAAGAGCAUGAAAAGAAGAAGCCCCAAUGAAUGCAGCCAACAUUCAUUUUUCCUUCAUCAAAGAGAACAAGGAACUGAGGAAGAACAGAAAGACCAAAAGAGACAAGAUUUACUGUUUAAAUACUCAAUUCCUGUGCAAGAACAUGAACUAGAUGACAGCUGGGAUUGUAGCAGGAGCUGCCCAAAGACAGAGGAAUCCAUCAAAAAUGCAGGUGGAUGCAAAACUCCAUCAGACUGGAGCUAUGACUUAACUAUUGAGUCCUCUGCAAGCAAUACUGCAGAAAAACCUUACUGCCUGAAAGAAGAUCUUGCUUGUAACUGGAAAAAUGGCAAAGAUUUCCCAGCUGAUCACAAACAAUGCAAGCCCAAACACAAAUGUAUCAUUUGUUCCAGUGAAACUACCUUGACUGCAGAAAAGGAGGCUCCAAACCCAUGUGUUUCUCCCAUAUUGAAAUCAGGAACUGCAGAGUACAAAGAGCUCAACCUCCUGCGUAAGCAGAAGGAAGAUUGCACAUUGGAUAGACAGGCUGCCCUUGCAGGAGACCUAAAAUGGAAAACUCAAAAAAAUGGAGUUAGCUAUUGUGGAGCUUCCAGUAAUUCAUCUGAGUUAACUUCUGAGAUAGCGGCCCCUCUCACAGUAACCCUUCUUGACUAUGAGGAAGCAACUGAUGCCGAGACUGUGUCUUCCAACCAGGGAAAGUCUCCCCACGUGAAACAGAUGUUGAACAGGAACAUACCUGGUUCCCAGAAAAGACUUGAGGAAGAGGCCUGGCAGUGUACCAGAAACAGAGCUCUGACGGACAGUAUGUUGGAGCUGGGGGAGCAAAUGCGUCGCGGUGGAAAGAACCGUUUCUUGCAGCGUUUCCCGCAAAUGGGAGACAAGUGGUUUUCACCCACAGGCUGUGAUGUGAAGCCGUGCUGCUGCCUUCUGGGCUCGGGCUCAUUAAAUCAAGGUGCUGUUCGCAGUGUAUUUGUUGGAAAUGAAGCCCUGACAGAAACAUCUGCAUCUGAAUCCAGGGACUCCUUGGGAGAAAGAGAGGGUGGUUUGCUUCUCAGUAACUCAGUGUGCAAAGAAUACUCAGAUAGGGGACAGUGUGAUGCUAAUGGUAAAGAUAUUGCUGGUAGUUCAGGAAAAUCUGAUUCAAAUCAAGGACACAAUGUUGAGCCCAUGGAUCAGGAAAUACAUACUAAUAUUCCUGAAAAGAAUUAUACAGUCCAGUCCCCAUCUCAAGAAGGCAGCCUGCUGCUGCAGCCCGCGUCAGGACUGAGGAACCAGGACUUCAGUCGUUCUGAAGACACAGCUGAGUUGCUCAGGAGUGAGGAAAUUGGGUUGCUUAAGAACAAAUUGAUGCAGAGUAUUUUUACGCAAGACACUUUUGCUGCAGAUUCAGAAUCUGCUUCCAAAGAGAUUAAGCCAUCAGCAAAUGAAAAUAGCCCCUCAGGCCUGCCCAACGUCAUCUUCCCGAGUGCUACAUCAGAGAUGGGAAAGCAGCAGCAGGAAGCCCUGGAAAAGGCGCAACAGGCUAUGAUUCGAGCCCAUCGGCAGCAGCUGGAUGAAAUGGCAUCCUUGUGCUUUAAGGAAGAGUGCUUGAUAAAUCAGGUGUCAGCAACGGAUUUUCAGAACUUUGUGACCAAGCUGGAUGAAAUCUUGAUACUGAAGUCAAAGUGCAUCCAAACCAUGCGAGCCCAGCUUAAGCGCUAUUUAGCUUCUCCUGGCACUGACAGAGUCUUGCAAACACCACCGCCAGUUUAGCUCUUCUUUGCUUACACAUAUGCCCUAUGUGCAAAGACAGUUAUGGAAACAGCCAGCUGGUGCUCCACCACAUUUGGUGCUGCA